UCGCGUGUUGGUAAUAAAAAUAUUUUUAUAUAUUUUUUGUGAAUUCUUUGUAAUCAUUUUGAUGUAAGCAACCUGUAAAUAUAAGCUACCUCUGCCGUUUAAUAAUUAGUAUUAUGUCUGUGACGGUCGUAGUUGAACCUUCUGAUAAUGCACAAACAAGACAACCUAAUGAACAUUCAGGUGAUUCGUUCAAGAAAAUGGUCGCCCGAUUCAGAGCGAGCAGGAUAGUCGUGUGGGUGUAUCUGAGACUGGCUGAUUUAUUUAUCCUGCCAGUGAACAUCUUUAAGAGCUUCAAAAAGAAACGGAUAUGCCCACCAAUCACCAACAAAAUCCUCAUGUACAAAGCCACGGAACUUGCCGAAUUCAUCAGGAACCAAGAAAUUACUAGUGAAACGGCAGUACGAGCAUACGUAGAAAGAGUCAAAGAAGUCAAUAAACUAAUAAACGCAGUGAUCGAUGACAGAUUCGAUGCUGCAAUUGAGGAAGCAAAAUCGGUGGACGACUUAAUCAAAACGAAAAAACACACUGUUGCCGAUCUGCGUAACAAGUACCCGUUGUUGGGCGUACCCUUAACCGUGAAAGGAAGCAUAGAUGUGGCGGGAAUGCGUAACACCUCAGGAUUGCUGGUUCGAAAGGACGUAAUUCCGGCUGAGAAAGACGCAGAUGCUUUGGCGUUGGCCAGAACGGCCGGCGCCAUACCUAUUCUGACCAGCAACAUUCCCGAGCUGUGCCUGAAUUGGGAGAGCAAAAAUAAACUGCGGGGUACCACAAGGAAUCCUUACGAUGUCACCAAAACUGUUGGCGGAUCAUCUGGAGGAGAAUGUAGUUUGAUGGCGUCUGGAGCCUCCUUAAUAGGAAUAGGAUCAGAUAUAGCAGGUUCAUUGAGGUUGCCGGCUCACUUUUGCGGAACAUGGGGUCACAAGCCGACGCCCGGCGUCGUGUCUUUCCGGGGACAUUAUCCUAGUUGUAAAGACGAAGGGGCAUGGGAGGAGACGUUUACCAUUGGUCCUUUAGCACGUUACGCCACCGACUUAAGGCUUUUGUUACACCUAAUUUCUCAACCUAACGUUAGAGAGAAUCUUGACUUAUUUAAACCAGUGGAUUUGUCGAAAUUAAAAAUUUAUUAUAUAGAAGAAAUGGACAGUCCUGUAAUCGACAAACCCAACAACAAUGUUAAGAAAGCAAUGACUAGAGUAAUUGACCACUUCAACACAAUAUCAAAAAUUAAUUGCACAAAAAUCAAUAUUCCGUUAAUGGAUUAUGCCGGGGAAUUAGCCUAUUUGAAACUAUUAGACAUCGAUGACGUGGAUAAUUUAUUCGAAGGAAAAGGAGAAGGUUCAUUCUCCGAACUCUUCAAAUUCUUAACUUUCCGUUCGAAUUGCCAGUUCACGUCAAUCUGCUAUGGAAUCCUGCGAAAGUUCUCUGACGUUCUGUUGCGCAACAACAUCAAAGUUGUGAACAUGAAAUUGGAGGAGUUGAAGGACGAACUGCAGGAUCUACUUAAGGACGAUGGAGUUUUAAUAUGUCCCACUUUUCCUGCGGAGGCGCAUUAUCACAAUAACAUAUACAGGAAAUUGUUCAACCCUGCUUAUUGUGCAGCGUUUAAUGGACUCGGGUUUCCCGUUACUAAUUGUCCUGUUUCCAGGACCGAAGAUGGUUUACCUGUAGGAUUACAGGUUGCUGCAGCACCGAACUGUGAUAGAUUGAGCCUUGCUGUUGCGGAAGAAAUUGAGAAGGCUUUUGGAGGUUGGCAACCACCAUCUAAUUGAAUACACUAACAUUUAGACUGAGUUUUUAAAUUUAAUACACUACUUACUGUUUAUGGUAAUUUUUAUUUUUGUAUUGAAGUACACUGUUUAUAUUAAAUACAUUACACAAG